UAACACAAGGGCUUCUUUCCAUUCCCAAUUCCGGUGGCAGUGGAUCUUGGUUGAUAUAAUCAACAGAACGAUGGUUGGAGGAUUGUUCAACAAGCUCGCAUCUAAAUCGCUCAAGGUUGCCGGAAAAUGGCAACAGCAGCAGCUCCGUCGUCUCAAUAUCCAUGAGUAUCAGGGAGCUGAUUUGAUGAGCAAGUUUGGUAUUAAUGUUCCAAAAGGUGUUGCUGUUGCUUCGGUUGAGGAAGUCAGGAAGGCCAUACAAACAACAUUUCCUAAUGAAAAGGAGUUGGUGGUGAAGAGCCAAAUCCUUGCUGGUGGAAGGGGACUAGGGAAGUUCACAAGUGGUCUUCAGGGUGGAGUUCAUAUUGUCAAAGCUGAACAGGCUGAAGAGAUAGCUGGCAAGAUGCUUGGACAGACUCUUGUCACCAAACAAACUGGCCCCCAAGGGAAAGUUGUCAGCAAGGUUUACUUGUGUGAAAAGGUGUCACUUGUGAAUGAGAUGUACUUCGCAAUCACUCUUGAUCGUACGACUGCUGGUCCUCUUAUAAUUGCCUGCCGAGAAGGAGGAACCAGCAUUGAAGACCUUGCAGAGAAAUUCCCUGAUAUGAUCAUAAAGGUGCCUAUUGAUGUUUUCAAAGGAAUUACCGACAAAGAUGCUGCCAAGGUGGUAGACGGUCUUGCUCCUAAAGUAGCUGACAGAAAUGCUUCAAUAGAACAAGUAAAGAAGUUGUAUAACCUUUUCCGUGAGUCUGAUUGCACGCAGUUGGAGAUCAACCCCAUUGCCGAGACUUCGGAUAACAAGUUGGUUGCUGCUGAUGCUAAGCUAAACUUCGAUGAUAAUGCCGCUUUCCGUCAAAAAGAAAUAUUUGCUCUCCGUGAUCCAACACAGGAGGACCCUCGUGAGGUCGCAGCCGCAAAAGCAGAUUUAAAUUAUAUUGGUUUGGAUGGGGAAAUUGGAUGCAUGGUGAAUGGUGCAGGAUUGGCCAUGGCCACCAUGGAUAUCAUAAAGUUACAUGGAGGAACUCCAGCCAAUUUUCUGGAUGUAGGCGGGAAUGCUUCUGAAGGACAGGUUGUGGAGGCUUUCAAGAUCUUGACUUCAGAUGACAAAGUGAAAGCGAUUUUGGUAAAUAUUUUCGGUGGGAUAAUGAAAUGCGACGUCAUAGCUAGUGGGAUUGUUAACGCUGCUAAACAUGUUGCAUUGAAAGUGCCCGUCAUUGUUCGUCUUGAAGGUACAAAUGUUGACCAAGGAAAGAGGAUUCUCAAGGAGAGCGGGAUGGCAUUGAUUACAGCCGAAGAUCUAGAUGAUGCAGCCGAGAAGGCCGUUAAAGCACUCAAGUCGGCGUAAAGUCGUUUAUCACUUUCAGAUUGAAGUAUUUCGACGGUACAAUCGAAAUCUCAAUCGGAUAAAUUUCAGUGAUUGACA